CGUCUCAAGAAGCCUUUCCCUCAACAUUCACUAAUAUUGUGUUAUGAGGUGUAUAUGUUUUACUGGCAGUAAUAGCUACAACAUUAGCCACCAUGAGCCCUAGGCUGGAGAUAUUAGCCACCAUGAGCACUAGGCUGGAGAUAUUAGCCACCAUUAGCACUAGGCUGGAGAUAUUAGCCACCAUUAGCACUAGGCUGGAGAUGUUAGCCACCAUUAGCACUAGGCUGGAGAUAUUAGCCACCAUGAGCACUAGGCUGGAGAUAUUAGCCACCAUGAGCACUCGGCUGGAGAUAUUAGCCACCAUGAGCACUAGGCUGGAGAUAUUAGCCACCAUGAGCACUCGGCUGGAGAUAUUAGCCACCAUUAGCACUAGGCUGGAGAUAUUAGCCACCAUGGGCACUAGGCUGGAGAUAUUAGCCACCAUGAGCACUAGGCUGGAGAUAUUAGCCACCAUGAGCACUAGGCUGGAGAUAUUAGCCACCAUGAGCACUAGGCUGGAGAUAUUAGCCACCAUUAGCACUAGGCUGGAGAUAUUAGCCACCAUGGGCACUAGGCUGGAGAUAUUAGUCACCAUGAGCACUAACCUGGAGAUAUUAGCAGGAGAAAUGUGAACUAACUUACUGCCACCUUAGCAUGCUUUCCACGGUCGAACGUCUUGUGGGUUUUUUACUUUUUAUGUCCAUUUGUGGGGCAGUAACGAUUGUCCCACAAAGUUUGCUGAUCUGACGAGGCGAAUAGUGAAUGUGAACAAUAAAUGUAAUAAAAUAAUAAUAAUUUAAUAUAAUAAAAUAUAUAACAAACAGCAAUUCACUGAGAACUGGACCAUUACAGUUAAGAAAGCAUUAGAGUGAAGGAAAGGUUACGGGUAGGACUGUCGUCUGGUGUCAACGUCACUUGCCCAUCCUCGUCCAGACUCUGAAGGACUGCCAACAUUUUUUUUAAAUGGUAAAUAUUAUUCGAGUUCACAACAUGGAUGUUGGGUAUCGUUUUAUCCACGAUGUAGUGACAGGUUCACUCAGUGAAGCGUUUUAAACCCAACAUUACUUUCCAUUGACAGCGACGGGCUCUUUUCUCUUCUAGAUGAUGACUUUUGCCGUCCCGUGGGAGUUUCCCGCGUGAUGGCGCUGCAUAUGCGCGAUGAGGUUCGUCUUAUUAAACUUUUGUGCCACCAUGGGAAACUUGUGCACGACAAGUUUUGCAAUGAGCUGCAACGUCUUUUUACUGCCACACGGCUGACGUCACUCCUGGGGCCCACUGCACAAAACUAGGAUUAGGGAUUAAGCCGGGAUAUGUUGGUUAUCCUGGCUCAAUUUACCCGUGAUCUGGUUGCACAAAAGUGGGAUAGUGGAAAGUGGAAUAUGUUCUGACAUAAAUUCCCAUGGAGAUAUAUUCUGUGGCAUUAGCCUUCUCCAGACCAGGCUAAAGUCCAGAAUCUAUUUAAUCUCAUCCCUUAUCGCAAGCGGUAGUCACCAUAAAUGGAAAGCAAUAAUUAUUCCCCUGCCCACUAAACAUUAUCAUCACAUUCAUCCACACCCACUGUCAUUAUUUAAACAUUUGUCAUCAUUCAUUGAAUUCAUUGUAGAUAUAUAUUAGAUGGUGUUGCAAUCAUUAGAUUGUUUAUUAAAUCAUUUACACAUACUUUAUAUAAAAUACACAUCCCAUAUAAAUACAAAUACACAUCUACAAGAUAAGACUUGUACGGUGUGUGUGUGUGAUAGAGUUACAAUAUCACUCACAUUUGCAGUCAAUUUCACCUACAAUUUAAACGGAUUCAUAAUCACAGUGCGAGUGAUGUUGGAGGGGUUAAUUGUUGGUGAAUGUGGAUGUAUGAAACAUUACCCGAAGCCUCAGUGCUCAAGGAGAAACGGGAAGAUUUCUCGACUAUGUCUAAUCUAUGCUUCUGGAUUUGUAGACCUGACGGACAGCAGCAGCUUCCAGCGUGCGCGUUUCUGGGUGAAAGAGCUGCAGAACUGCGAGGAGCACUGUAAGAUCUACCUGUGCGGCACCAAGAACGACCUGGUUCAAGCAGACCGGAGUCUGCGUCAGAUCGACUACCACGACGCACAGGACUUUGCUGAAGAGAUUGGCGCGCAGCAUUUUGAGACCUCCAGCAAAACAGGAAACAAUGUUGAUGACUUGUUCCAAAAAGUGGCUGAGGACUACAACAACGCCGCAUUUCAGUACAUGACAGCAGAAGAAACGGGCGUCGACUUGGGCCAAAAGAAAGACUCGUACUUCUACGUGUGCUGCAACAGCAACUGAUGAUGAUGGUUGACGACAGGGAAGACGAACACGCUGGCUGGGAAGUGGGAAAAGACACUAAGUGGUUGUGUGGCGUGAAGAACUGAACAUCUAGAUUGGUCCUCAUCAUUGCUGCACCGAGCUGGACCUUCAAGAUGGACAACUGACCUGCUGAGACUUGUUUUGUUUUAGGAUCCAUGUACAAAAAACCUGUUAAUUUCACUCCAAAAUCCCCUUUUUUUUUUUUUUUUUGAGUGUGUGGUUUGAAGCCAGAGAGCCCUGCAUGGCCUGGUGGUCCACAGUAAUGGAUGCUGUGCCUGUUGGUGUGUCUGUGCAUCACAUGAUCCUGUCAUCUACUCGCACGGAUGUGGGGGGGAGAGAGACUCAGUUUUCCUCCAUUUUUCAGUCCACAUGUUGAGUUUUUUUUUUUUUUUCUUUUUUCCUCUUUUUGUGCUGGUUCCCAAACCUUGAAAGAUUUCCUCAAGACAGAAGUCUUUCGGCACAAACGGUCAUCACCUCAGAAGCUGUCUUCAACAUUUGGUUGCACUUAUUUAUUGUUGCCUUUUUUUCCAAAAUACCAGAUGACUCUUUUGCCCCUCAAAUAACUGCUUGAAUGUUUUUUUUUUAAAAUGAAAUUGAAUAGUGCUGACAAACUUCACAUUAUAACAAGAAUGUUCUCCUUGCUUUUGUAUUGAGUCAUCCUCAGCACAAAAAAGCUGUCAGAAUAAAGUGGAAAUGUGUGCUUUUGUGUAAUCAUCACAAAAUGUGGCUUAAAUAUAUUUUUUUGCUACUCUAACAUCUCCACCUUGACUGUUUAAACUGUGAAAUAAAAGGCUCUCCGUGACAAAGCGGUAAAACAUUUCCACACCUCAACGGGAAGUACAGCAAUGCCUUUUACCCUUGAAGUUUUUUUUAUUUUUAUUUUUUUUAGUUUAGCUUCGCCUGACUUGUGGCGCAUUCGAGGCCACUGGGAUAGCAAGGUUCUUUUUUUUUUAAACCAGCUGAAAAUACA